AAGUGGGUCGGCAUGGCGAAGGACUUCUUACGUACGAGGGAUCUCAAUGAUGCAGCACACUCUGCACCUGAAAGCCCUCCUGCAUCAUCUACUUCAUCCGAGAAAGCGGAAGUAUACGACGAGAGCAAAAAAGUUCCUGGAUCAACGACUCGUCGAACCCGCAGCAAGCCAAGCCACCGACACCGAAUCUCGACCGCCAUGACGACUCCAUCUGGGUGUGUGCGUACAGCUCCUGUGAAGGUGUUCCCAUGGGUCCUGGUCCUGCUGCUGCUCCUUGUCAUCUUGCGGCUGCAAACGACGCUCUCGAGUAUUGAGCGGAAUCUGCUGAUGAAUACUCAGCUUAUCAACCAGCUCCAGCAACAAGUCGUUGCGCUGCAGGCAGGAGCCUGUCCGGUGACUGCAUAGCUUUCGCUUUAAUUUCCUUACAACACUAUUUUAAUAUUCCAAGACCAUGACGCCAUUU